ACUCUUACACUUCUGCGCUGUGCCUCACAGUAGACCGAGAGCCUGCAGAGGUGAAGCCCAACCGGGCCCAAGCCCAUGUCGGCCAUGUGGAUCCACUAGUAGCUCUAGAAGCACUACACUCAAUACAGCUUGUAGUCCAGUGCUUCGAUGGCAGACGGCGAGCAAAAGGCCUCUCUGGCCUUCUCGUUUCAGAAGAAGAAAACUGUCCAGAAGGUCGCUGUUAACCUCGAAGAGAACAAAAAUGCUGGGCAGCUCAUUACCGGCUUCGAUGGCGCGAAAGCUCAGGUCGUUGGCGGGGAGGCGGAGGCAAAGGCGCUGGUGAUUCCCAAGUUGGAGAACACUUUUAAAACGGGUGUGGGUCCAAAGAAGUUCACGCCCACGUUCAAGCCGCCCAGCGGCGAGGUGGUCAACCUGAAGGAGGGCGAGGACAAGUUCGUGCAAGCGGAGUCCACCGUCCCCACUAUCACCGAGUAUGGCCUGCAGCUGCGCGACGUCAAGCCAGAGGAGCGCGUGGCGGCGGCGGCAGCAGCAAACGGGGGCAAGAACAUGGCUGCCGCUGCGGCGGAGGAGAAGGCCUACAAGGACUCGGUGGAAGACCUGCCGGAGGUGGCCGACCUUGACGCCUACGAGGCGAUGCCCAUCGAGGAGUUUGGCCGCGCCAUGCUCCGCGGCAUGGGCUGGGAGGAGGGCAUGGGCGUGGGGCGCAACCGCAAGCAGGUGGACGCCAUCGAGUACGUGCGGCGCCCGGAGCGCCUGGGGCUGGGCGCGCAGCCGGUCAAGGUGUCGGAGGACAAGAGCAAGGUCGUCAAGAUGGGCGACAAGCCGCGCAAGCAGGAUUUGGUGCUGGCGCCGGACGCGGACGGCCGGCAGCGCAAUGUGCGCACACUGGACGAAAAGCUGGUGUCGCGGGCCACGGUCCUGCCGGGCCCGCAGCCCAACAAGCCCAUGCGCAUCAUGACCGGCGCGCACAGCGGCCUGCUGUGUACGGCGCUGGAGGCACUGCCCAAGCCGGAGGGGCGGCCGGAGCGCUGGCGGGUGCGGCUGGCGGCCAGCAAUGAGGACGUGGAGGUGCUUGCCAGCGAGCUCGGCGAGCGCUGGCAGAAGGACCCGGCGCCUGCAGCAGGGGGCCGGGAGGAGCGCGGCGGAAGUGCGGGGCCGCGGCGGGGCAUGGAGGAGGAGGAGGGCGGGCGCGCGGCGCCCAGCGGGCGUGGGCGGAGUGGCAGCGCGGACCCAGACGGUGACUACCGGAGAGGCGGCAGCGCUGGUGACGACCGCGACAGGCGGAGAGACAAGGACAGGGAACGUGACCGCGACUUGGAACGGGACAAGGACAGGGGCCGGGACGAGGACCGUGGGGGCGGCGGCAGCAAGCGCAAGCACCGGGACGACGAGGAGGAGGACGGCGGUGGCGGCAAGCACCGCAAACACCACAAGCAGGACAAGCGGCAGAAGCACGACAAGAAAGAGAAAAAGGACAAGAAGCACAAGAAGGAAUCUAAGGAGCACCGGCACCGCGACCGGGGGCGAAGCGAAAGCGACAGCGAGGACGACAGUGGCGGCGACGCAAGGCCCUCUGGGCCCUCCUGGCUGCUCCCACACAUCAAGGUUCGCAUCGUGGACAAGUCGGUGCGCGGCGGGAAGCUGUACCUGAAGAAGGGCACGCUGGUGGACGUGCACCCGGGCGCGACAGCUGACGUGGCGGUGGACGACACAGGCGAUGUGUUGCGGCUGCCGCAGUCGUCGCUGGAGACGGUGGUGCCCAAGCACGACGGCGCGCCGGUCAUGGUGGUGGGCGGGCCGCACCGAGGGCAGCGCGGGCGGCUGCUGCAGAUCAACGUCAAUGCUGGCGCUGCGGCCGUUCAGCUGAGCGCGGACUUCAGCAUAGUGCGGUUGCUGCUUGAUGACGUGGCUGGGUACGCUGGGGAGAUGGAGGAGGAGUGAUGCCAUGGCGAGCGGAGGAGAGGAGAAGGCGCGGCGGAUGGGCAGUUUCCCGGCAUUUGGCGACUCUAGUAAUUCUCGGAUGGUGUGUAUGUUGGCUGGGACUUCUUUCAUGGAGCCACGCGCCAAGGCACAGACUCUUUGAACGUAGCUAGCGUGUCGCGGCAUGUGCGCGCUCUUAAGAGCAGCGAGGAAACAAGGAGGUGGCUGCCUUAGGGAGGCAGGAAAAGGGCUGAGCCCUCCCCUCCCGGGUCGUUAUCAACCCAGCCACCUUGACGCGGGCGCCUACUAAGCACACGCCUCUAUGUUGGGGGCCUUUGGCAUCCCCGCAAAUCCGGACGUGGCCGGUUGGGUGGGGUGCACAGUCCGUGCUAACCCGCAGCUAACAAACUAGUCACGUCACUCGCCGCCAAUCGACACGUGCACCCUCAGCCCCACGCCCUGCUAGCGCCGUUCAGGCUCUCAGCGAGGAGGAAAUCCGACCUGAGGUCAGAACUCACGUGGAGGGCACGCGUGGAAGGCGCUCACGGGGUCUCAGGCGGGUUGCAAGUGCAACAUGUUGCCGUGGUGUCAGGCCGGUUGCAAUUGCAACAAGACGCUGUGUCAUGAUAUCUCCUCCGGGUGUAAUAUGCAAGCACA